AUGAGCGCUCUCAAAGCAAAGGGGAGAAAAAUCUUUGAAAUUCCAAUAUGCACAAUUUGUUUGGAACCAAUGAUAAAGGAUCUGUGUGUUUUUACAGUGUGUGGACAUGUGUUUCACUAUAACUGUGGUGUAAAUUGCCAUUAAAAUUCAAGAAAAUGCCCUAAUUGUCGUAUGAGAUCUACAGAAAUACAGUCAUUGCAUUAUGCGGUUGAGGAGAUAACAGGUAUUGACGAAUAGAUGAGCAAACUAUUGAAUGAUUUGAGUGUUGAUUAGAAAUAACACAUGUCGAAAUUAUUAUCAGAUCACGAAGAAUUACUGCAUGAAAAUCGAAGAAUAAUGUAAAGAAAUAAAUUUGUUGAAGAAAAGAAUGAAUCCAUAUAGACUGAAGUGUAGCAUAUCUAAGCAGAACUAAUGCGAAGUUUGGAGAAGAGUAAGGAAUUGGAAAUAAAAGAGAAAUCUCAAUGCAGUUAGUUGAAGACACUAGAAGUUUGUUUGCAAUCACUUGAGGAGGAUAAUAAAAGAUUGAAACAGGAAGUUGAAAAUAAUGAGAUUCAAUUGAAAGGAUAUCAUUAUUUGGAGACUCUAUCUAAAGUAAUUAACAACCCAAAUGAGGAUACACAAAAGAGUCCAAGUGAGUAGGCAAAGCAGAUUUAUGAUUUAUAUGUGAUCAAAGUGGGACAAUUCAAGACAGUUUAAAAGGAAGUGACUCAGUUAUAAGAGUAACGAGAAUAACAACAAAAGAAAUACGAAUAAUUGCAGUAAAAGUACGAAAGAAUGAAAGAUUUGUAUGAGGAACUUCAGAAGGAGAAUAUGUCCAUCAAAGAGCUUUCUAGAACUCAAAAUCAGAAUCCUGUGUAGAAGAUUAUUGAACAUUAUGAGGAUCAGAAGUAGGAGACUGAAUUAAAGGAGGAAACCUGUGAGCAUGUAAAAAUUAGAAACAACCACUGA